AUGAGAAAUUAUUAUAUUGAACCGAGUGGAGUAUAUAAUCAACAUUAUUCAGGAAGACAUACGAAUAACAUAUACUAUGAUGCAUUAGAUGAAGAUUUGAUACAAAGUGAAGAAGAUUCUAAUGAUUCAGAAGAAGAAUCAGAAAAUGAAUCAGAUGAGCAAUCAGAAAAUGAAUCCGAAGAAGAAUCUGAAGAAGAAUCAGAGGAAGAAUCAGAAAUUGAAACAGAAAAUGAAUCUGAAGAAGAAUCAGAUAAUGAACCAGUUAAAAAAAAUAUCAAAAAAAAAAACAGACAACUAAAUGAACAUGAAAUAACUGAAGUUAUUAAAGGAUUAAAAGACACUACACCACGUAAAGAUUUAAUUAAUGUAUGGAUUCAAACCUUGGGUGUAUGUAAAUUAGGAUGGCAUAAUAUAAUAAAUACUUUAAAAGAUUAUGAAGAAGAGUGUUUGUCUAAAUACAAAAAGAUUAUAUCACCACAUUAUGGUGGAACACAGAGAGAAAAAUAUCCUCAAGAAUAUUGGAAAGAAUGCUUGUAUAAUAUUGAAUUUAAAUUAUUAAAUAUAUCAUAUGAAUAUAAUAAAAAGUUUUAUGGAUUGCUAAAUAGAAAUGCUAAAGAUGAUAAAAUAAAAAUAUUCUUAUUUUCAUGUUUAAAAAAAUUUGACAAUUUAAAAAAAAAAUUAUGUGAAGAGUACAAAAUGAAUUAUAUAAAUAUUAUGAAAGUACCUUGA